AUGGCUGUUGCUCCUAUUACUGGCUCUUUGAGAAGAAAGAUUAUCGCUGACAUCACUGUUGGAAUCACCCUUGGUGCUGGUUUUGCGUCAUACUGGUGGUGGGGAUUCCACAAGAAAACCGUGGCUGUGCGUGAAAACUACUAUGCUGAAUUGGCAAAGAAGAAGGCUGCUGAAGACGCCUAA